GCCAGGCAGCAAGGCAAGCAACAGGCGUCUAGCUUUAUUUUGUUUGCCUUGAAAAUGUCUGAGAAACCGGGACCGUCUAGACAAAAUCCUGUAAAUACAGACGACGAAGACGAUCGUCUGAAUUUCUACAGUGAUAAUUUCGAUCCUUUAUUGUUUCUCACUAGUGAACGUACGAAAAUUCCAAAGCCCGACGCUCAAACCUUCGAUAAUUUGGCUAUGUGGCAUUCGCACUACAACAGACCGGCGAACGAGAAGAAAAAGGAAAUUCCAAAGGAGUUGCCUGCUAGGAGAUGGUUACCUCACCAGUUACCGAUCCAAUCGAAAAAACCGACACGUAUAUUCACAGACGUAUUCACCAGAAUGGAGGCCACUAAGGGACCUUUAGCGACGCUAAGGAAGUACAUCGAAGAAAAAACCAGAAUCAAGGUUGUCACAGCUAAUCCAAGAGGCAUCCGAGGCUACUGCCUAGCAAAUCUACUAAUGUUCGACAAACAUUUCAACCUUGUACUUCAGAACGUUGAAGAAGUUUGGCAAAGAUCUAUUACUAUAAAGAAAGAUCCGAUUUUAACCGAUCUUUUUCCUGAGGAUCCAUCUCGACAGAGGAAUUCAAGAAACCGAAUAAGAUUGCCAAAAAUGGAAACCAAAAAAUUAAAGAAAAAUACAGAAGAGUGUAGAAGACGCGUAGAUCAAAUGUUAAUGCGCGGUGAGCAGGUGGUUUUAAUAUGUGCCGCUUCUAAUGAGAAAAAGUAGUGACGCGUAUUAUUGAAAGUAUAGCCAUAUAAGCAGAAAUUUCGAAUUUACGUUAAUUAUAUUUUAAGUAUUAUUUUUGUUUUUGAUUAUAGGGUUUUGUUGUUGUGUUGAACUUUAGAUAUAUUUUUUCUAUAAUUUAAUGUUUCUAAAUUAAUUGUAGGUUUUUCAAAUAUUGCAAGCAAAGUUACUCAUUAUUUGUUUUUUUUUACUUAUGUUUAGGUAUAUACUUUCCACUACUUCAAAUUGAUGUUUUUGUAUUAUGUUUAAUAUUAUGUUCCUGAAUUGAUUCAAGGCGUUGAAAUUAUUGUUAUGCAUCUAGGAAAACAUAAGACUAUUUUGUAAUUGAAACUCUCUGUUUAUAAUAAAAGAUUUUAUAUUGGAA